AUGAGUGCGCCUCCGCUGAUCCGUGCGCCCAGCCCGCUGCCGUUCUCACCGGGGACCGGCGGCUCCGGCUCCGGCUCCGGCACCGGGGGAGGCGGCGGCGGCACCGGGGGAGGGAACGGAGGCGGCGUGAUCUCCUUCCACAUCCAGAUCGGUCUGAGCCGGGAACCGGUGCUGCUGGACGCCGCGGAGCUCAGCCUGAGCCAGGUCCGGGAGGUGGCGUGCUCCAUCGUGGACCAGAAGCUCCCAGAGUGCGGUUUCUACGGGAUGUACGAGAAGAUCCUGCUGUUCCGCCAUGACCAGACGUCUGACAACGUUCUGCAGCUGCUGCGUUCUGCUGCUCAGAUCCAGGAGGGAGAUCUGGUGGAGGCCGUGCUGUCAGCUUCAGCCACAGUGGAGGACUUCCAGAUCCGUCCACACUGCCUGUUUGUCCACUCGUACCGAGCUCCAGCCUUCUGCGACCACUGUGGGGAGAUGCUGUGGGGACUCGUGCGACAAGGACUCAAAUGUGAAGGUUGUGGCCUGAAUUAUCACAAGCGCUGUGCCUUUAAGAUCCCCAACAACUGCAGCGGCGUGAGGAGGCGCCGGCCGUCCAACGUCUCCCUCACCGGCGGCAUCAUCAACAUGGGUCGCCCUCUUUCUGCCGAGCCGUCGCCUCCACACUACACCGAUGAUGCUUUGCUGUCUCCAGUCAGCCCCAGUAUGGAGCAGAAGAAUCAAUUGGACUACUUUCCCGGCAGGGAGCGGCGUUCCAGCUCCCAGUCGUACAUCGGCCGUCCCAUUGAGCUGGACAAGAUCUUACUGUCGAAGGUCAAAGUUCCUCACACCUUCCUGAUCCACUCGUACACCCGACCGACCGUCUGCCAGCACUGCAAGAAGCUGCUGAAAGGCCUCUUCAGACAGGGCCUGCAGUGCAAAGAUUGUAAAUUUAAUUGUCAUAAACGAUGUGCUCCAAAAGUGCCAAACAACUGCCUGGGAGAAGUUUCCAAAAACGGAGAGCUCCUGAGCCCGGGGGCGGAGUCAGAUGUUGUCAUGGUGGAGGGUUGCCUCGACGACCACGACGUCGACAGGGGGGGCGGCCUGAUGGACGACAUGGACGACGCUCUGACAUCAGAGGGGGGUCUGCUGCUGGAGGCGGGGACAAGCGACCUCUGUGACCUGCACGACCCCGACCUGGACGAAUCCAACCGCGCCAUCAGCCCGUCCACCAGUAACAACAUCCCGCUGAUGCGAGUGGUCCAGUCUGUCAAACACACCAAGAGGAAGAGCAGCAACGUGAUGAAGGAGGGCUGGAUGGUCCACUACACCAGCAAGGACACUCUGAGGAAGAGACAUUACUGGCGGUUGGACAGUAAAUGCAUCACGUUGUUCCAGAACGACACGGGCAGUAAAUACUACAAGGAGAUCCCUCUGUCCGAGAUCUUGUCCCUGGAGCCGGCCCAGACCUUCUCUCUGCUGCCCGAUGGAGCCAACCCUCACUGCUUCGAGAUCGCCACGGCGACGCUGGUCUAUUACGUUGGAGAGAAUCUGCAGAGAUCUGAUUCGUCGGUGACAAGCAGCAGCAUCCUGGUCAGCGGUGUCGGUCCGGACGUGGCCCGGAUGUGGGAGAUGGCGAUCCAACACGCUCUGAUGCCGGCGGUGUCCACUGGCGUCUGUCACAGUUCCCAUCGCAGCGGACACAAGGAGGUUUCCGUCAGCAUCUCCGUCUCCAACUGCCAGAUCCAGGAGAACGUGGACAUCAACUCGGUGUACCAGAUCUUCCCCGACGAGGUUCUGGGAUCAGGACAGUUUGGCAUCGUGUACGGAGGGAAACACAGGAAGUCCGGCAGAGACGUCGCCAUCAAGAUCAUCGACAAGCUGAGAUUCCCCACGAAACAGGAGAGUCAGCUCCGCAACGAGGUGGCAAUACUGCAGAGCCUGCACCACCCCGGGGUGGUCAACCUGGACUGCAUGUUUGAGACUCCGGAGCGAGUGUUUGUGGUGAUGGAGAAGCUCCAUGGAGACAUGCUGGAGAUGAUCCUGUCCAGUGAGAAGGGCCGACUGCCGGAGAGGAUCACCAAGUUCCUGGUCACGCAGAUCCUGGUGGCUUUACGUCAUCUGCACUUCAAGAACAUCGUCCACUGCGAUCUGAAACCUGAGAACGUCCUGCUGGCGUCUGCAGACUCUUUUCCACAGGUACUGAUGUCCAUCGACCUGAUCAACAACCUGCUGCAGGUGAAGAUGAGGAAGCGCUACAGCGUGGACAAGACGCUCAGCCACCCCUGGCUCCAGGACUACCAGAUGUGGCUGGACCUGAGGAACCUGGAGUCUCGUAUGAACGAGCGCUACAUCACCCACGAGAGCGAUGACCUGCGCUGGCACCACCACGCCCAGCUCAGCGGCCUCGACUACCCGUCGCACCUCGCCAACGGUCCCCGCGGCGACGGGCCCGGCGUGGAGCGCUACCAGGAGCAGGAGGAGGAGCUGGAGACGCUCAGCGAGAGGGUCAGCGAGCUGUGA